AUGAUCUCACGCUUGCUUCUGUUGCUCGGUGUUGCCGCCGCUUCGAUAAGCUUUGCGAGGGCUGAUACUAUCGACCACGACAAGGUGCAGCCGUUCGCGCAGCCCGAGCCAUUCAAGCUGAGUCUCCAGAUCGUCACUGGGUGCCACCCGUACCCUGCCGUCAACGCCGCGGGCGAGACGAGUGGCGGGCUGAAAGGGACAGGGGAGAAUGACGAAGACUGCACGGGGUCAACACUCGGCUCUCAAGUGUACGGCCGAGCCGUUUGGUACGAGGACCUUUGGGCUAUCAUGUACGCGGUGGCUUACUAUGACAUUUUAAAGGAGGGCCCACCCAAGUGUUAUUACUACCGCUGGGGGCGGCAGAGUUGUGAAGUGCCUUUCGUCGAGCACAUCAACGGAACGACUGUCAUGCUCUCAUACGAACGUUACUUUGAUGGAACCAUCGGCGAUUUCCAAAUCCUGCGGCCGACUACGCGCAAGGUUACCGGUGAGUUCCAAGACCUCAUCAUGUGGGAGCAGUUGACGGAGGAGGCGUGCACUGCUCUGAGCAAUACCGACUUUGGGGAGAAAUCGCCGGUCCCGUUCAUCGAUGCCAACUUCAACAAAACUCUCGACAUGGCUCGCCCGAUCUUUUGA